AUGCUCAAUCUGAUCUCUGAGCAGGCACUCGCUACCAUCGUCCGCGAAGUAAAGCAUGCUAUCAGCAACCUCUUUCCGGCCAACGUCAAGCCACAGAGGCUGGGCUUGGCUAUCAGCGGAGGUGUUGACUCCAUGGCAUUGGCCACUCUGACCAACCUCAUCAGAAAAGAUCCGACGUUCAAACACACCUUCACGGCCUUCAUCGUGGACCACAAGCUCCGCGAUGGCAGCGCGAAGGAGGCCGCUUCGGUUACUGAAUCACUCGAACCACUUGGUAUCGAGCCUCAGAUCCUCAGGCUAGACUGGACGGGCCACGGCGAUCCUCGUGGGCUUAGCAACUUCGAGAGUGUAGCUCGUACUCUGAGAUAUCAGGCCUUAGGAAAGGCUUGUGCGGCGCAUAAGAUCCCUCACCUUAUCUUUGGUCAUCACGCUGACGAUCAGGCGGAGACUGUACUUUCCAGGGCCAUCAAUGGCUACACUGGACUUGGGUUGCAGGGCAUUGCUGCCACGGCUCCCAUUCCUGAAUGUGCAGGCUUGCACGGCGUCAAUCGCUCAGGCACCCCAAGACUAAUGGGUGGAUCUGAAGGGCAGCUACUACCAUCGCACCUGGAAGCAUGGCGACCCCAGCCAUCACGAAACCGGAAUGCUAUCAUAGCUGUUGAGGACGGUGGUGUCUCGAUUCAUCGUCCUUUACUGCGUUAUGCGAAAAAAGAGCUCGAGGGCAUCUGUCGCUCAGCGGGAGUCGUAUGGCACGAAGACCCUACAAAUUCCGACAAGACCCUCACGAUACGGAACAGCAUCAGAUAUCUGCAACUUUCAGACGUACUCCCGGAAGCCCUAAGACGAUCCAGUCUGGUCCAGACAGCAGAAGAAGUACGUAUCAAAAAGGAGGAGGUCCAGCGGCAUGCGCAGAUGAUGUUUGAGAAAACUCCGAUCGAACUUGACCUCAGAUCUGGAAAAGCUACAGUCACCCUUUGGACGACUCUCCAAGAUUUUGGUGACAUGCAGCACACUUAUCAUGUUCGAGCAGAGUUUGUUCGCAAGUUGUUGCUGCUAGUCAGCCCGACUGCCGAAGUCUCGUUGCAGCACCUUGACCAGUGUAUAGAAAUGGUUUUUGCGCCUGUGGAUGCGAUGCGCAGCGCGGCAAAGUCAGUACCUCGUACGAUUCAGAUAGCCGGCGUAUCUGUCACCUGUGCAAAAAGUGCACAACAUGCUGGCCUAACGAUCAUUCUCCAACGACAGGCGCCAGUGCGACUCGCGAGGGAUUCGAUGCAGUGUGUCUACUCGAACAGCGGAUGGUCCGAGUGGCUUCUCUGGGAUCACCGCUACUGGAUUCGAGUGUAUGUGGACGUCGCCGCCAGCGAUCCAGACACAACAAUGCACAUGGCCUUUCUUUCCCCGGACUCUUUGGGACAGCUUCGGAAACGGUACAAAAAUAUGAAACCACGUGCAUCCUCGUUGGAGCGAGCUCUGUCUUUGGUCCCAGACCGCGAGCGCUGGAUUGUACCUGCACUCGUUUCAAGAAUGCACAACGAGGAUCGUAUUGUGGCUCUGCCGUCGCUCCAUUGGCGGGACUUGUCGUGGGAGAUGUAUGAGACUGAGCGUCCUCGGCAGUGGGAGAUCAGGUACAAGAACAUCGACUUUCCCAAAACUGCAUAUCAUCACCUGAUACAGUGA